AUGAGUGCUAUCGAGGAGCCAGCUACUGCCGCCGGUGCGCAAAAAUUCGGCAAGGCAUUCGGCGAGGAAUAUUUCAUGUUCGAGCCUGGAUACAGACAUCUGAAUCAAGGCAUGUCUAUGCGACGGGGUGCUUUUGGGGGAUACCCUCGCCCAGUACGGGAUUCGUUAAGAACGUUCCAAGACGAGGUCCAGGCGCAUCCCGAUCUCUUCAUUCGCUAUCUGUACCCCGAGCGUCUGACACAAUCGCGACGCGCUGUGGCUCAGUUUCUUCAUGCAAAUGAGGAUGAAGUGGUGCUGGUUCCCAAUGCCACCACUGGGCUCAAUGCGGUGCUGCGGAACAUCGUCUACAAACCUGGAGACAAGAUCGUUUACAUUGAAGGCAUAUAUGGUGCCAUCGAGAAAACCGUCCACUACCUGGUAGAAACGACACCCGUUGAGAGUAUACGUGUCGAUUUCGAUGCCACUGUCAACGACCACGCAAAACUCCUUCAGUCCUUCCAAUCCACGCUGCAGGCCCAUCGGGGCCAGGUAAAGCUCGCCAUCUUCGAUGCGGUCAUGAGCAUGCCGGGCGUGAGAAUGCCGUUCGAGGAACUCGUCCGAAUAUGCAAAAGCAACAGGGUCUUGAGUGCUGUUGAUGCUGCCCAUGGCAUAGGACUCAUUGACCUGGACUUGAAUGCCUUGGACCCCGAUUUCCUCGUCAGCAAUUGUCACAAAUGGCUUCUGACUCCCCACGUCUGCGCGGUCCUGUACGUCCCUGUUCGCAACCAGAAGCUCAUGCGCUCUACACUACCUACCUCGCAUGGCUUUGUGCCACUGCCGGAGCUCCUCAAAGGGAGAGCAUUUGUGAGGCCGCAUACAGAAGUUACGAACGAGUUUGUUUCACUCUUCCAGUACUAUGGCACCAUCGACUUCGGCCCACCAGUAUGUAUUCCUGCUGCAAUGGCUUUCCGAGAGAAUAUUUGUGGCGGAGAAGAGAACAUUCGCAAGUACUGCCGGGAACUGGCUAGCGAGGGCGAGGCUCGAGCUGCGAAGAUUCUCGGCACGAAGCCAAUUCCGAUCUCUGAAGAUGAAAGAAUCUUCUUCGCAAAUCUUCGACUGCCCAUCAACGUCACAUCAUCCGAAUCCCAGGAUACGGAAGCAGUCCCUCUAGGUGAUGUGCCACUCGUGCUGGACUGGAUCAUGAGACGCUUAUGCCAGGACUACAAAGCUUUCGUCGGUAUUUCGUACAUCUCUGGCGCUUUGUGGGCGAGGUUUUCGGCCAUGGUCUACUUGGAGGUAGAUGACUUUGAGUACUGUGCGAGAGCGUUGAAAGAACUCAGCGAACGGGUGCUCAAAGGAGGGUAUAAGACCGGCUAG